AUGUCUUACGCAAAGGAACUCGAGGUUGCCCAAUUGGCAGUGCAGCGGGCCACCAUCCUCACCAAGCGCGUCUUUCACGAGAAGGCCAAGGGCACCGUCGACAAGAAUGACAAGUCUCCCGUCACAAUUGGUGACUUUGGCGCGCAGGCUCUGAUCAUUGCCGCGCUCAAGGCCAGCUUCCCCGACGACGAGAUUGUAGCCGAAGAGGAGGCCGCUGGUCUCAAAGAGAACUCGGAGCUCAGAAAGACCGUUUGGGACCUGGUCAAGUCUACCAAGCUUGACGAUGCCGGCGCCGAGAAGAUCCUAGGCGGAGAGGUCAAGACCGACGAGGAUAUGCUGACCUUUAUCGACUAUGGUAACUCCAAGGGCGGCGCUUCCGGCAGAAUAUGGGCCAUUGACCCCAUUGACGGCACCAAGGGUUUCUUGAGAGGAGGCCAGUACGCUGUGUGUCUCGCCCUCAUGGUUGAUGGUGAGGUCACUGUUGGCGUUCUGGGCUGCCCCAACCUGCCAGUCGACGACUCUGCUCCAUUGACCGCCGACAUUGGCAAGGAUGCCACUGAUGAAGGCCGAGGUGUCAUUUUCUCUGCCGUGCUUGGCCAGGGCGCCACCUCGCGCCCUCUUUCUACUGCUGGACUGGAGAAGGAGCGCAGCAUCAGCAUGCGCCCCAUCACCGAUAUCGCAGCCGCCACUUUCUGUGAGUCUGUCGAGGCUGGCCACUCGUCGCACGGCGACCAAGCCGAUAUUGCCGCGAAGCUGGGCAUUACCAACCCUUCGGUCAGAAUGGACAGCCAAGCCAAAUAUGCUAGCAUUGCUAGAGGUGCUGGCGACAUUUACCUCAGACUGCCGACAAGCAAGACUUACCAAGAGAAGAUUUGGGACCAUGCCGCCGGCGAUCUUAUUGUUAGAGAAGCAGGUGGUGCCGUCACGGACGUUCAUGGCAAGAGGCUGGAUUUCAAGGUCGGAAGGACACUGGCGAACAACAAGGGUGUUGUUGCUGCUCCGGCCGCUACUCAUGCACAGGUCCUCAAGGCUGUGCAGGAGGUUCUCAAGGUUUAA